UACAACUCCCCUAUAAAUAGAACCCUCGCUAGGGUUUUGUUCACUCUCGCCGAAGUUUUUGUGAAGCCCAAGCUUUCGGCCGCUUCCUCUCCUCGUCUCCCUCCUCGCUCCGAUCUCAGAAUGGAUUCUCAGAUUAAGCAUGCUGUUGUGGUGAAAGUCAUGGGUCGAACUGGGUCAAGAGGGCAGGUGACUCAGGUGAGAGUCAAGUUCUUGGAUGACAUGAACCGGUUCAUCAUGAGGAAUGUGAAGGGACCAGUGAGGGAAGGAGAUGUCCUCACCCUUCUGGAGUCCGAGAGAGAAGCAAGGAGGCUUCGUUGAGCCAAUCAUUUUUAUGUUUUCCAUGAGUUUUGGUAUGACUAUGGUGGGGUUUCUGCUGCUGGUGAAUUGAAUGUGAGAGCGUUUAACUUUAUUUUUGGUUCACAUUCUGGUCACUUUGUGUGAAAGGUUUGAACUCGAGUAUGAAUGAAUUGUAGGAAGUAUCUUACAUUUAAUGAUGCGUCAUGGAUUUCCAUUU